GUGGCAGAAGCUCCGCCCACUUGGCUCUUGGAAGGGUGAGGGGAAAAGGGGGUGAAGGGCCAUGAGGGAGAGAUGAGACCAGAGGAGGCGGAGGAAGCUCGCAGGCUUUAAAGCAAAAAAGCAGUUGUGGUUUUCUCUCCCCUCACAUCUGAGAAGUUGCUCUCACCUUUUUGUUCCCUCUCAGUGUGUCCCGACAUCUGCUGCUCAGAUGCUCCUCAAGGAGCUCACUAAGGGCUGAAAACUGUGCAGAAGCUUCUACUACUACACCAUGAAAGUUCUGCUGGUCUGGGCUCUCCUCGCCCUGUGCGCCGUCGUCGUCUGCGGCCGCCAGGACGCGGAGGACGACGAGCUUCAGGUGAGGAAAGUCAGGUCGGGGGAGGAAGGUGAAAGGUCAGACGAGCCCAGCAGGCCGGUAGACGUGGAGAGCCCCAAACCAAAGAAGAAGAAAACGCCAGAGGAAGUGGCGGCAGCCAAAGCCAGGAAGGCGGCGGAGAAGGAGGCCAAGGCAAAGAAGCAGAAAACCCCAAAGCCCACCAAAAAGCCCAAAGCUCCAAAGCCUACCAAGAAGCCCAAGGCACCCAAAGCCACCAAGAAACCCAAGGCACCCAAAGCCACCAAAAAACCUAAAGCGGCCACUACGGUGCAGCCUGAGUUGAAGCCGCUGACAGAACCUAGCUGGCAUACAACAACCAGCCAUGUGAGCCCAGUGCAGCCAAAGUGGGAGGAGCCUGAAGAACCAGACUUGGUUAGGGUUGUCUCAGAUAAAAAGCAGCUGACAACUCCUGAGGUCAUCAUGUACAUUCCAGAGGAGACCACCAGCAUGCCCUUUGUGAUACCUUGGUACGAGGAGUACGACUACGACGACCUGUCCAAGAAGAAACAGGAGGAGGAGGAGGAGAUUGCUCGCAAGGAAAAGGCAGAAAGAGCUGAGAAAGCCGAACGUCUGAGGAAGAAGUGGGAGGAGGAGGAAGAGGAGCGACUCAGACAGAUUUCCCCGCCGCCGGAACCCAAAAAAUGUCCCCCUCUGGGUUUGGAGUCUCACCGCGUGGACGACGACCAACUACUGGCCUCCUCUCAGUCUAAUCACGGCUUCUCGGCUCAAAGGGGCCGACUCAACAUGCAGGGUUCGGCCAAAGAUGAAGAUCUUUUCGGGGGUGCGUGGUGCGCAGAGUCUGAAGAGGCCAACAGCUGGUUUGAGGUGGAUGCACGACGGGAGGUGGAGUUCACGGGUGUCAUCACACAGGGAAGAAACUCUGAGCAGCUCGAGGACUUUGUGUCAUCCUACUUUGUGGCCUUCAGCAACGACAGUCGUGAAUGGACCGUUCUUCACGAUGGCUACGCUGAGUGGUUGUUUUACGGGAACGUUGACAAGGACACCCCGGUCAUGAACCAGUUUUCUUGGCCCGUGGUAGCACGAUACUUCCGCAUCCUACCUCAGAGCUGGAACGGCAGUUUGUGUCUCCGGGUUGAGGUUCUGGCCUGUCAACUUCCCAGCAGCCACCACAGCGAGAACGAAGUGAAGACUUCGGACGAGCUUGACUUCAGACAUCACAACUACAAGGACAUGAGACAGAUGAUGAAAGUGAUUAAUGAGGAGUGUCCCAACAUCACCAAAAUCUACAACAUUGGUAAAAGUUCUCAGGGUCUGAAGAUGUAUGCUAUGGAGAUCUCUGACAAUCCUGGCGAGCAUGAAAUGGGAGAACCAGAAUUCCGUUACACAGCAGGUCUCCAUGGUAACGAGGCAAUGGGCCGUGAGCUCCUCCUCCUGCUAAUGCAGUUCCUGUGCAAGGAGUACAAGGAUGAAAACCCUCGAGUGCGCCGCCUGGUGGACGGAGUGAGAAUUCACCUGGUGCCAUCUCUUAACCCUGACGCUUAUGAGCUAGCGUUUGAGGCGGGAUCCGAGAUGGGGAACUGGGCUCUGGGCCACUGGACUGAGGAAGGUUACGACAUCUUCCAGAACUUUCCAGACCUCAACAGCAUCUUGUGGGGGGCUGAGGACCGAGGCUGGGUUCCUCGCAUUGUACCCAACCAUCACAUUCCCAUGCCUGAGAACUUCCUCAAUGGAUCUCUCGCUGUGGAGACAAAAGCCAUAAUUUCCUGGAUGGAGCGCAAUCCCUUCGUGCUAGGAGCUAAUCUGCAAGGUGGGGAAAAGCUGGUCACGUUCCCUUUCGACAUGCAGCGCCCACAGAUUUCGCUGACUGACAGCAGGCGCUGGACCAACAGCGAGAUGACCGACGAGGCGUGGACCCACCUCCAGCGUCAGAACGAGGGCGCACUGAGAGAGACACCUGAUGACGUGAUGUUCCGCUGGCUGGCCAUGUCGUAUGCUCACAGUCACCUGAGCAUGACCGAGACACACCGAGGCUCCUGUCACGGGGACGACAUCACUAGGAGCCAGGGCAUCGUCAACGGGGCCAGCUGGAAGCCCAUAGUUGGCAGUAUGAACGACUUCAGCUACCUUCACACUAACUGUUUUGAGCUCUCCAUCUUCCUGGGAUGUGACAAGUUCCCACACGAGAGCGAACUUUCCCUGGAGUGGGAAAACAACCGUGAAGCGCUGUUGACUUUUAUCGAGCAGGUCAAUCGUGGGAUAAAAGGUAUGGUCAAAGAUGUGGAGGGAAAUCCUCUGGCCAACGCCAGUAUAUCAGUGGAGGGGAUACGUCAUGAUGUCAUAACAGCUGCGGGUGGCGACUACUGGCGUCUGCUGAAUCCCGGAGAAUACCGCGUGACGGCAAAAGCGGACGGCUACACCUCUCAGACCAGACUGUGUAUGGUGGGCUAUGACUCCGGGGCCACUUCCUGCAGCUUCACCUUGGCCAAAUCCAACUGGGACCGCAUCAAGGAGAUCCUGGCGCUUAACGGUAACCGGCCCAUCCGCGUAGUCACCAAAACGAGCGAGGCGAAGGCCACGGCGGCAAGCAGCGCAGCAGGGGUGGAUAGCACCCUCAGCCCUGAAGACGAGCACGCUGCCGCCCAGAAAGCGGAGCGACUCAGGCGGCUGCGAAUCCUGCGUCUCCGUCGGUUGCGUCUGCAGAGGCAACGAGCCAGCCUCGGCAUCACGCCUGCUACCACCACGACCCCAACCCCAACAACUACUACUACUUCUACUACGACAACACGAAAGACUGAGACUACAACUUCCUGGUACGACCCCUGGUUUCCUGUGGACAACUGGUCCACCGAAAACCCAUUUGACAGCAUCAUAUUCGACUCGGUUCCCACUGAGGACUAUCCGUUUCAAUUCACCAUUGACUGAAAAUGACAGGCGCACCCAAUCAAUCUAAACCAUUUUACAGUAUGGUUUAGAUUACAACUGCUUUGACAACUAUCCAUGUUUUCAAUCCAGCAGUACCAAGACCUUCUGGAUUUAAGAUACCUUCACACUGUAGCACUGAUACUUCAAGAUAUAUGAGUUCAUAUCAAGUAUUAUCGUUUAUGCUGUUAACCUGAAGCACAAUUAUCAUCCAAAAGAGACAAUAAAACUAAAUGUAACUUUCAUAGUACAAUAUACAGUUGCCGAUACAUUACGUGUACUCACCAAAAAGAUGUUUCCAGAAGACGGAAGCAGUGAAAGUUGAAUUUAUUCUCGAAUGUUCUCUGUGUUGAACUAGGCUGAAAAAAGCCUUUUAAAUUCAAUAAACACCUUCAGAACAAA